UCCAAAAGAAGAGAAUAUAUAACUAACCAUUUUCUUUUAAAACAAAAUUUAUUGAUUACCGCAAUCUAUACUUCUCAUAAAGGUAAAUAAUAUAUUGGAAAUAAAAACGAUGUGUUGCUAGUGUUUAAAGGCUAACCAUUUUCAUUUGACAUUUGUCCAUAAAUCGUCAGUGCUGAGACUCCGUUGCCACGAUACGCGGCAAUACUAUCACCGACUGUUUCACCGUACAACAGCCACGUGUAAGAGUAUCGUACAGCGGUGGAUAAAGUAACUGAAUGGGCUGUAAUACAAAGUGACUUGUCAUCCAAUUUGUUUGCAACUGCGUCAAGUCUGGUACAUCCUAAUUUUUCACUUUCUUAAGAAAUAUUGAUUUGUGAGUUGGCUUUCACUAAAGGCCUACAUCGUUUCCCGACGUAAGGCAUCACCAUUCGCUAAAGGAGUACAAAGAUGAAUAUUAUUGGAGUGUAUAACUGCUGUUAUGUCAUAUGUUGUUGGAAUUGGUGAUUCCACACAAGACAAACUUCAUCGCAGGUUCACAUCUUCAUCAGUGUGAGGAAACCGGAGACAUAUUUGUAUUUAACAGAUCCAACCUGUCCUAUCAACGUCCAACAGGAUUGAGCCAAAUGUCUCGUCUUCGCUGUCUCACGGCGUGUUUGUUCAUCUGAUGUUAAAUUGUGUUCAUGAUGCCUUCCCUUCAUACAACAGCAGACGUCAUAUCUAAAGGCAACCAGUCACUACUUUCAACUUGAUCUAACAUUUGGGACACGCUGCUCAAACUCUAAAGUCUACUGUUUCUUCUACCGCUGUUGUGUAGCUCCGUCACGUCAACCGCAAAGUUAGUCAGGCCAUUGCUAUCGCUUCAGUUCAUCUGUAGCCUGUUUCCAUCGCCACAUUGUAAAAGAGACUUCUAUUAUUCAUCAAGUCUCCUUUAACCAUGAUUACUUGGGCGGCUAAACUGGCCUCGGUGCGAGGGAAGAGUCGGAUCCUUACGUGUAUAUUCCUUUUCCCGAUAUUAUUUUGCACAUUCAUGAUGUAUCGAACGGUUGAGAAAACCUGUCCGCUCGACAGCUUCACGGACGAUUACUCGGGUUUUGGGGACCGGAAGCGGAAGUUGACCUCCCAUGAUGCAUUUGAAGAUUUGAAAAAUGUCCAGGAUGGGAAUGCGUUAGAUUUUGCAGUUCCGUCCGACGUCCUGGCUCUGGAUUAUCAGGCGGACAAAUCCCAUAGACAUCAUAUGCAACGAAUCAUGUCUUCCAGUGACCGUGACUCGAUGGACUGGAAGAAGUAUCAGAUAAUUCGUCCACGGUAUAUUUUCAACUGCUCCAAUAUACACGAGGUGAAAAUCAAAAAGAAAAUUGGACACGGUGUUUCAAAACAAACGUUCCUUGGUGUGUACAAGGGCCUUCACAUCGCGGUGAAGAUGGUGACGCGUCACCUCCACGACGUCCGGAACUGCCUCGACGAACUGAAACGUCAGCACCAAGACACGUCGCAUCGUAAAGCAUCGUGUUAUGUACAUCCGACUAUGAAAUUAAUGAAAGAGAUUUUAUUGUCGGAACAGAUUGAACACAACAAUAUUGUGAAACUACUCGGUUAUUGUGUCCGGAGCGAGGAGAGCGAUUCCACGGAUAUUUCAGAACAUGGAGUUGUUGGAAUUUAUGAAUUUGGACACAGAUUUGUGGUCGACAGUCUACAACUUCUUACUUGGCAAGAUAGAUUAAAACACGCUACCGAUAUGGCCAAACUACUUCAAUAUCUUGAAUUCUCUCCUAUCGGAUCAUUAGUAGUUCCCGAUUUCAAGGAAGGGCAUUUUCUUUUGGUGAACUCCAGCAUCAAAAUGAUUGACCUUGACGAUGUGAAUAACCUUGAACCGCCAUGUGGUUAUUCCGAUCACGUGACAGACCGUUCUGAAUGUGAUUAUGGUCUUAAAUGCCGAGAAGCGCAGUGUUUAGGCUUCAACGCAAAGACGAACUUAAAGAACAUGAACAAAUUGAUUUUAAAAAGGCUUCUUUUUCCAGUGUCGUUCCCUGAAAAUCUUAUUCCUCCAAUUGGGCAACUGAAUGCCAAAUUAGAUUCUUUAGAAAUUACAGCUAGUGAACUCCUUGAUGCUUUGCGAAAAUUGCAUGGUGUCAAGAGUUCUUUGUGAGAUUAGCCAUUAUCCAUUCUUUGUUAUUUGUAUAGUGUGUAGCUGAGAGAUUCCCACUACAUAAUGGUGUAGAGGGGAGCAGUGUUCAUGGUUUCACGUUUAACAAAUUUCAAGCCUGAUUUACAUAAUGAGCGUUACAGAGUAGCACAGUAGCAUCAGUAUAUCGCAUGUCAAGUUAAAGGUACACACAUCAGAACUGUCUGUACAACAACGUCAAGGAGUGCCAGACUGUAUGUAUGGGUGGGUGCGUGCUUGCGUUGGUGCGUGUGUUCGUGCGUGCGUUCGUGCGUAUGUAUGUAGUAAUAAUGUUCCUUGUAAGUCAUGUGUCUUUCUUUCUUUUAUUUCUACCGAUAGCAUGUAAUGCCAUUCUCGACUAGACUUUGCAUCCGUGCAAUGGUCCUUCUGAAUGUAGAUAUUGCCGAAACGAAUAUGAAAGAAAUUGGGUUUUUUUCGUCACAUGGGUCAUGUUGUAUGUACUAUAUUUGAAAAAGUAAAGUAAGGUUGUGCA